UGGAGCCUUUGUUUUAGGCCCUCUCAAGAAAGACUGAAAAGGUUUAAUGUUAUACAAAUUGAAGAAGACAAUGUCAUUAACCGUGCCAUUCCGAAGAUAAUACUUGCCAUUUCAAGUGCUUAUAAAACUACAUCAGCCAUGUUUUUGCAUGAAAAAGGGUCAUCUUGCCGAUCACUUGGUUACUUCCUGUUUACGAUUCAUUGGAUCGCCAUUUUGUCGUCAGGCUCCAAAGUCAAUGACACUCAGAAGGUGGCAAGUUUAAUGGGUCAACUUUUUGAUGAUAGCAAAGUGUGUAAAACCCCAACGAUGGAACUCGGCUUCUUAGUAUCAGGCGGCUACAAUGAACCAAUGGACAAGAGUGAAAAGACGUUCAGAAAAGCUUUACGCUUUGUGAGAAAUAUGGCACAAAAGGCUAAGGUUUCCGAUUCCGGAACACACAUUGGCCUCGUCGUGUAUGGCAAGAAUCCUUAUUUGGCGUUUGACUUCAACCAAUACUUUGACAUUGCGAAACUUUCGCAGGCCAUUGAAGAAGUGAAAACGCCCAUUGCUGGAAGCAACCUUGGACAGGCCCUUUCGUUUACCAAGGACCAGCUUUACAACAAAAGUGCACGUCCGGAUAUUCCAAAGACGUUAAUUGUUCUUUCAUCCAAAAGAUCGGAAGACACGAUCGGUACUGCUGUAAAGGAUCUGAAAGACGCUGGGGUGAAAAUCCUCACGGUGGCGAUUGGUAGCGAGAGCGAUCCAUUAGAAAUGAAUGACUUAGCUUCAGAUUUUCGGAAUACUUUGAUAUCAGACGAAAACCAUUUGGAUGCUUUGGAGACAAACAUAGCUCCAAAACUAUGUCGAGAUGUAAUUGAAGGAAGUGGCUCCCAAGUGCAAUCGGAAGAAGUGACACCAGAUGACUCAGACGCUGCAACACAGACAGAAGUGACUUUGGAUGACUCUGAAGCAGCGAUGAACCCAAGCGAAGAGCCAGGUGCUGAAAUCAUCGCUGUAACGCCAAAUGAGACUCCAAGUGAGGAAACCGAUACAGGAGCCACCUCGUACUCUCCAAAUGCUAUACCUUCACCGAAGCAGCCAAAGAUUGAGGAAAAUAAAGAAGGUCCACGGGCUAACAAGGUGGAUCUCGUGUUUCUUGUUCAGAGCUCUGGGAAGAUGGGUGUUCCUAACUGGAUUCGCACUGUUUUGUUUAUGAAAUAUGUGGUUGAUGCUUUUGACGUCUCAAAAACGGAAUCAAGGCUUGGACUUGUCGUGGAGGGAAGAACGUUUCACGUUGUUGUAGACUUCAACAGACUUACUAAAAAGACACUUUUACUUACUGCCAUUGGCCUUAUACCGCUUCCAUUUGGUGAUCAGAAAAUAGGCCAAGGUUUGACUGAUGUGAAAGAACUUGUCUUAAAUCCUAGUGGCCGACCUAACGUCCCUCACAUUUUGAUUGUGGUAACAGAUGGAAAGUCUUCAGAUGACGUAACACAACCUUUGAAGUCACUUGAGGAAAGUGGCGUGGAAAUAUUUGCUGUUGGGUUCGGAAACAAGAUUUCACUUGGUCAAUUGGCAAAAAUUGCCAGUUACCCGAGUUCAACACAUGUAUAUCAUGGUGACUUUAAGGAGGCUGUAAAACUUGCAAGCAAAGUAGUUGCUCAAAUUUACGAGAAGCAUUAUUGCGGUGGAUUGAACACCCUUUUAAAAAAGCUUUUACUCAGAAAAAGAAGGAGAGCAACAAAAAAGAAGAAAACUAAUGUGCAUGCUAUUCGCAAGCCCAUCACUAGCCAUGAUGCUACAGAUAAAAAAGAAGCACAAGCAGAAAGCACUCCAACCAAUGAUGACACCUUCGAGGACGCGAUGUUUGAUCCACCGUCAAAUCACUCAAGCAUCUUAGAUACACUGUUCGAGAGUGGCUCCAAAGAUAACAGAACGAUGGACCCGUUCAGAGAAACAUGUAAAAUGUACAAGACGGAACCGAAGUCAGUCUCUCAGAGUGGGGUGUCUCCAGAUGAGGAACAUGAUGAAACUGAAGAGUCAAGUACAAAUUACAACAACAGUGCAAAUAUGACAACAGAGAACACUCCAGGAUCUAAUAACAAACACUUUCCAGUAAAGGACCUUGCAAAUAAAAUUUGCUCCGCUAAAGCCGACAUUGGAAUCUUGAUAGAUGGCUCAUCAUCAGUAACGGAAGCUAAGUUCGAAAAGUUGUUGGACUUUACGAAGGGCCUGUCUAAAUCGUUCUCAGUGUCUAAGGAUCACACCCACAUUGCAGUUGCCACCGCGUCCAGAGGACCGCGAAUGAGUUUCGAUUUCGAGGGAUUCAAUGACAUUCCUAGCCUCGACACAGCAAUAUCCCGAAUAUCAUAUAAUGGUGGACCAUUUUUGUUAGGAUCAAGUUUAACCGGCAUAAAAACCAGCUGGUUUAAGAAUAGUGGUCGUAAAAGUAUCCCUCAACUCCUUCUCGUCCUGGCCACUACACCAUCAAUUGAUGACAUUGCUGUUCCGUCACGUGAGAUGCGAGACAGAGGUGUUCGAAUUGAGGCUGUGGGGAUUGGAUCUGAGUUUGAAGGUGGGCAGCUGAAAGAGAUAGCAACACAUCCUGCACAAGAUCACGUGUUGGCUGUAUCCAAAUAUGAGCUGCUACCUAUGAUUAGACCACUACUUACCUUUAGAAUGUGCAGAGCUGUCGGAGGGAAACUUAUUACAAGACCAGAUUCAGAUACAGAUCUUGACCAACGUCGAAUGGGAUCUGAUUCAGCUACUGCUGCCAAUAAAACCAUUACGAAUAAAGUGCAGCCACUCCCUGGAAUUAAACAGGUUAAACAUGAUUUAAAUGUUGGCAAGGAAAUGACAGUAAGUCCACCCAUGAAACAAGAAGGAAACACUAGUAAGCUGGCGGCUACCUUAAAGCAGUUGGAUCAAUAUAAAAUGAUUCGCCAACAAAGCAAUUUGGAAAAUGGCGGCACAGAGCUUCAAGAUGUAAUAAAACAUAAUUCAACCGCAACAAAUAAGUCACAGCAAGAUGAAAUUGAGAAAGAAAAGCUCAGGAAGGAUAUCAGAAGAAAGCUUUAUUCUUUGAUACGUCGCCUUGGAGGAACAAAGAAAGACGUAAGGGCUGCUUACAGAUCCAUCAUCUAUAAUAUAAAUGGACACCAUGAUACUGAAUACUGCAAAGACCACCACGACCUGUGCAAACAAUGGACUACGGACAACCUUUGUGAAAAGGGAAACGAUAUCAUUGAUGCACAGUCUGUGCAGAGAGUGUGUCCGCGAUCUUGCCAAGUCUGUUUCUAAUAGCUGUUGUCUCAGGAUGAUUCCAAUGAGCGAGCAUGAAUGGGAUCAGUAGCUUGCAGUUUAUUAAGAAUGGAAAUGAUUAGUUAUCAACAGUUUGAUAGAUAAGUUAAGGGACAUAUAAUUAAAGAUUGAUGCCAUAAUUGUAAAUUAGCUUCGAUAUUUAGGAAGGUCAAUCAUUUUAAGCGUUCCUUACUUCGUAACAUGAAGACAUCUACUUUGAAUCAAAUUUAAGGAUAAUACUAAACGUGAGCAAUAUCAAUCGAACUUUCUCAGUCAUCAGUCGUUUAAUAUGAGUUAUGGCGGUUGAAGUAAUUUCAAUUCUUUUCAAAUGAAAACAUUGGAGAGAGUCAUACUGUAUCCACUGUAUGAAUUUAAUUUCCUAGUAACGCUACGGAAUAUCGUUGUGAAAAUAACGUUCACAUCCACCCUUUAUCAAAGAAAGAAUUAUGUCCAAUGCAGAGGUUAUAUUCCGAAGAAAGGGAAAACAUAGUUCAGAUAGCUCAAGCUACUAACUCAUAAGCGCAGUCAUCUUUUUUCAAAUUUUUAUUUGUGGUCUUUUUUUUUUAUUCCUUUUAUCUUUUUCCGUGCCCUGUAUUUUAGUCUAAUUUUAGUCCUUAUUACAACUAAUCUGUCGUUUGGAAGUAUUGAUGGCCAUUGAAUAAUUUUACCUACCAAGUACUUAUAGCACCAAUAAAUGG